AUGGCCGUGGGAAGGGGCUCUGACCCCUCACCCCAGCUCGGAACCGGGCUGGGAGCAGCCGGAACCCUCGGGGGCUGCCGUGGGACCCGGGCACCGUCGCUCUCGGUGCUGCGGGGGUCUCGGCUCCCGCCCGCGGGGGUCCCGCUCUGCUCCGUGCGGGUCUCCCCCGCUCCUCCACACCGGUGCCGUCGGGGGGGCCGAGCCGGUGCCCUCGGCGGGGCCGGGGCGGGCCGGGGCGGGCCGGGGGAGGCGCCAGGGGGAGCGGGGGCGCUCCCCCGGCAUGGGCUCCCCGCGCCGCCCGAGCCGCGCCUGCUGCCCGAGGGCACCGUCACGCUGCUGCUGAGCAACAACAAGAUCACGGUGCUGGAGAACGGCUCCUUCUUCGGGCUGCGGGCUCUGGAGAAGCUGGACCUGAAGAACAAUCUGAUCAGCACGGUCCAGCCAGGCGCCUUCCUCGGCCUGCCCGAGCUGAAGCGGCUGGACCUGUCCAACAACCGCAUCGGCUGCCUGAGCGCCAGCGUCUUCCAGGGCCUGCCCAGCCUCCUCCGACUGAACAUGUCCGGAAACAUCUUCUCCAGCCUCCCGCCCGGUGUUUUUGACGAGCUCCCCUCUCUGAAAGUCGUCGACUUCGCCACCGAGUACCUGACGUGCGACUGCAACCUGCGCUGGGUGCUGCGCUGGGCCCGCGAGCGGGCGGCGCAGCUCUCGGAGCGGACGGCGUGCUCCUUCCCCCGGCAGCUCCGCGGCGUGGCCCUGCGAGGGGCGCGGGACGGGCAGCUCCGCUGCGCGGGAGCCCCGGAGCUGCACACCCACCACCUCAUCCCGUCGCUGCGCCAGGUGGUUUUCCAGGGAGACCGGCUGCCCUUCCAGUGCACGGCCACGUACCUGGACAACAGCACCCAGAUCCACUGGUUCCACAACCGCGAGCCCGUGCGGGAGGAUGAGCAGACGGGCGUGAUCGUGGAGGAGAGUCUCAUCCAUGACUGCACCUUCAUCACCAGCGAGCUCAUCCUCUCCAACAUCCACGUCUCCGCCAACGGCGAGUGGGAAUGCGCCGUCUCCACCUCGCAGGGCAACGUCAGCAAGAAGGUGGAGAUCGUGGUGCUGGAGACCUCAGCAUCCUACUGCCCUGCCGAGCGGGUCACCAACAACCGCGGGGACUUCAGGUGGCCCCGCACCCUGGCGGGGAUCACGGCCUUCCAGCCCUGCCUGCAGCACCCGUUCGCCGCGGGCCCGGCGGGCGUGGGCUCGGCGGGCGAGAAGCAGGCGUGGCGGCGCUGUGACCGCAGCGGGCGCUGGGAGGACGGCGACUACUCCCACUGCCUCUACACCAACGACAUCACCCGCGUGCUCUACACCUUCGUGCUGAUGCCCAUCAAUGCCUCCAACGCCCUGACCCUGGCUCACCAGCUCCGCGUCUACACGGCCGAGGCAGCCAACUUCUCAGAUAUGGUUGAUGUCCUCUACGUGGCCCAGAUGAUAGAGAAGUUUAUCGGCUACGUGGACCAGAUCAAGCAGCUGACAGACGUGAUCGUGGAGAUGGCCAGCAACAUCAUGCUGGUGGACGACCACAUCCUGUGGAUGUCCCAGAAGGAGGAGAAGGCCUGCAGCAGCAUCGUGCGCUCCCUGGAGAGGAUCGCGGCCCACACGCUGGGCAGCAACUCCCAGCACAUGGCAGUGAACUCUCGCAACAUCGCCUUCGAGGCGUACGUGGUGAAGCCCGAGAGCUACGUGGGGCUGAGCUGCGUGGCCUUCCAGCGGUGGGAUGGCACUGGGACCCCCCCAGGACGGGCCCCCCAGGCCGAGCGGGGGGCCGAGCCCUCCCCAGACCAGCAGCUCAGGCUGCGCUGCACCACGGGGCGCCCCAACAUCUCCCUGACCAGCUUCCACAUCAAGAACAGCAUCGCCCUGGCCUCCAUCCAGCUGCCGCCCAGCCUGUUCGCCAGCCCCGCCCCGGCCCCGCCGGGGGCCGACUGCAAGCUCCAGCUGCUGGUCUUCCGCAACGGGAAACUCUUCUGCAGCACCGGGAACUCCUCCCGCCUGGCCGACGAUGGCAAGCGCCGCAGCGUGGCCACGCCAGUCAUCUACGCUGGGACCUAUGGCUGUGGAGUGGGGAACCUGUCGGAGCCAGUGGCCGUGUCCCUGCGACACCCCGGGGAGGGCACGGACCCCGUGGCUGCCUACUGGAACUUCGAGGUGCUGGGGGGCAUGGGGGGCUGGAGCGCCGAGGGGUGCCAGCUGGCCUCCCGCGAGCCCAACGUCACCUCCCUGCACUGCCGGCACCUCAGCAACGUGGCCGUGCUCAUGGAGCUCAGCGGGUUCCCCAGUGAGGCGCAAGGCGCUGUGGAGGUGCUGCACCCGGCCAUGUACACCUGCACGGCCGUGCUGCUGCUCUGCCUCUUCACCACCAUCAUCACCUACAUCGUUCACCACGGCACCAUCCUCAUCCCGCGGAAGGGCUGGCACAUGCUGCUUAACCUGUGCUUCCACAUCGCCAUGACGGCCGCCGUCUUCGCGGGAGGCAUCACCCUCACCGGCUACCGGGCCGUGUGCCAGGCCGUCGGCAUCAUCUUGCACUACUCGUCCCUCUCCACGCUGCUCUGGAUGGCGGUGAAAGCCCGAGUGCUCUACAAGGAGCUGAGCUGGAAGGCGCCACAGCAGCCGGACAGGGACACGUCCCAGGCAGCCCCCAGACCCAUGCUGCGGUUCUACCUGAUCGCUGGCGGGAUCCCCCUCAUCAUCUGUGGGGUCACAGCAGCUGUCAACAUCCAAAACUACCACGACAACAACCCCUACUGCUGGCUGGUGUGGCGGCCCAGCCUGGGCGCCUUCUACGUCCCCGUGGCUUUCAUCCUGCUCGUCACCUGGAUUUAUUUCCUCUGCGCCGGGCUCAGCCUCCAGUGCCGACCCUCGCAGCAGAAAGAGCUCCCGGAGCCGCUGGAGCCCCCGCCGCGGCUGGGGGCCACCGGCGACCUCCUGACGGACUCCGGCUCCAUCUCGGUGACGCUGAACUCGGGGCCGCCCUGCCCCGAGGGGGACGGUGUGUACUCGCUGCGGGUGCAGUUCUGGGCGCUGCUGGCCACCCACGCCCUCUACGUGGCCCUGUGGACGUUCGGCGCCAUGGCCGUGUCCCAGCGCUGGUACCUGAGCAUCGUCUUCAGCUGCCUCUACGGCGUCACCGCCGUGGCGCUGGGGCUCUUCAUCUUCACCCAUCACUGCCUGCGGCGCCGGGACGUGCUCAGCUCCUGGUUCUCGUGCUGCCCGUCGUACCGGAACGCGCUGCCCAUGCAGGCGUACGUGCACGCCGGGCUGGGGCCGGAGGACGGCUCGCAGGUCUUCAUCGGCUGCGAGCCGGAGGCCGCUCGCUCCGGCGCCUCCUCCUCCUCCUCGCCCAGCAGCGCCGGCUCUGCCGGGGGCCGCUGCAAGCUCACCAACCUGCAGGUAGCCCAGAGCCAGGCGGAGCCGCGGCCGGCGCCCUGCCCGGAGCCGGACGCUGCCGACGGGAAGCCCGCCAGGCACAACAGCAACCUGCACGGCCGCCGGAGCCACCGGGGCAGAACUAAGCCGUGCCGGGACGGGAAGCACCACCGCUUGAAAAUGCUGCGGGGAUCCUCGGAGCACCCGUCCAGCGAGAGCGGCAGCCUCCACAACAGCCACUCCGAGAGCUACCCCAGCGGCAGGACCAGCCCGGCCAGGGUGCCGCACGACGGGGACGCGGCCCCCAGCCCCUCGGAGGGCAGCGACGGCGGGCGGAGGGUGCCCGACGUGGCCGAGGCUCGCCGGAGGAGCGGCAGCCGGGACAACCUGCGGCCCGGGACGAGCUGCGAGAGGGAGGCGAAGCGGCGCUCGUACCCGCUGAACGUGGGCAGCCACAACGGCGGCCUCAAGGGCAGCAAGUACGACAUCAACCUGGCCAGCGGCGACAGCGCGGCCGGCAUGAAGACCGGCCUGUGGAAGAGCGAAACCACCGUGUGA